UGCCCGCGCGCUCCCCCUCCCUCCCCGGCCCGGCUCGGCUCGGCUCGGCUCACACUGUUUGGGAGCAACCGGCCGAGACAGCGGCGGCUCCGGAGCAGCGAGCGAGCGAGCGCAGCAGGCCCCGGCGCGCACCCGGCCCGGCCCCUUCGCCAUGUCCCUCAAGCAGCAGCAGCAGCAGCAGGCGGCGGCCCAGGCCGCCGGCAACAACCGCAAACCCCCCGGCGGCGGCGGCGGCCCCGGCAUCCCGGCAGCAGCGGGGGGAGGAGGCGGCGGCGGCGGCGGCCGGCAGAACAUGGGCAGAGGUCGCAGCAGUGGCAAAGGGCCGCCUCCGCCUGCAAUUUCUUUUGAUGGCAUCUAUGCAAACAUGAGAAUGGUUCACAUACUUACAUCAGUUGUUGGAUCCAAAUGUGAAGUACAAGUGAAAAACGGAGGUGUAUAUGAAGGAGUUUUUAAAACCUACAGUCCUAAGUGUGAUUUAGUGCUUGAUGCUGCUCAUCGAAAACCUGCAGAAUCCAGUCUGGGGCCAAAACGGGAAGACAUAUUAGAGAGUAUCUUGUUCAAGUCUUCAGAUUUUGUUAUGGUGCAGUUUAAAGAUAUGGACACCAAUUAUGCAAGGAGAGUUCCUUCAGAAACAGAUGCUUUUACUGAUUCAGCCAUUGGUGUUAAAGUAAAUGGUGAACACAAAGAAAAGGACCUUGAACCAUGGGAUGGGGGUGAGACCACUACCACUGAGGAUCUUGAGGCUUUAGAGACAGAUGUUUCUAAUGGAUGGGAUCCUAAUGACAUGUUUCGUUACAAUGAAGAAAAUUAUGGCAUAGUAUCAACUUAUGACAGCAGUUUAUCUUCGUAUACGGUGCCCUUAGAGAGGGAUAAUUCAGAAGAAUUUUUAAAACGGGAAGCAAGAGCAGCUCAGUUAGCAGAAGAAAUUGAAUCAAGUGCCCAGUACAAAGCUCGGGUUGCCUUGGAAAACGAUGACCGGACAGAAGAAGAAAAAUAUACUGCUGUUCAGAGAAAUUCAAGUGAACGAGAAGGACAUGGUGUGAACACUAGGGAAAGCAAGUAUGUUCCAACUGGACAACGAAAUAGAGAUGUUCUGUCCUGGGGAGGAGGCAGACAAAAUUCACCAAGGAUGGGCCAGUCUGGAUCGGGCCCCUCAAUUUCAAGAUCUGGAUCCCAUACUUCAGACUUUAGUCCUAAUUCUGGAGCAGACCAAAGAGUAGUUAAUGGAGGUGUUCCCUGGCCAUCGCCUUGCCCAUCUCCUUCCUCUCGCCCACCUUCUCGCUACCAGUCAGGUCCCAACUCUCUUCCACCUCGGGCAGCCACCCCUACAAGGCCGCCCUCCAGGCCCCCCUCGCGGCCGUCCAGGCCCCCGUCUCACCCCUCUGCUCAUGGUUCUCCAGCUCCUGUCUCUACUAUGCCUAAACGCAUGUCUGCAGAAGGGCCACCACGGAUGUCUCCUAAGGCACAACGGCACCCUCGAGGUCACAGAGUCUCUACUGGUAGGGGUACAAUUUCAAGUGGCUUAGAAUUUGUAUCUCAUAAUGCACCAGGGGAAGCAUCUACUUCUACAGUGGCACGAGGCAGCCCAUCAGGUGGGACGUGGUCAUCAGUUGUCAGUGGGGUUCCAAGAUUAUCCCCUAAAACACACAGGCCUAGGUCGCCAAGACAGAGCAGUGUUGGAAGUACUCCAGCUGGGCCAGCUCUGUCCUCUCCGCAAGCUGGUACUAUUCCUACUGAAUCAGUUGCCAUGCCUGUCCCAGCUGCAUCUCCCACACCUGCCAGUCCUGCAUCCAAUAGAGCAGUUACCCCAUCCAGUGAAGCUAAAGAUUCCAGGCUUCAGGACCAGAGGCAGAAUUCUGCAGCUGGAAACAAGGAAAAUGCUAAGCCAAGUGAGAUUUCUCCUAGCUUUCCUAAAUCUGAAAACAAAGGUGUAUCUUCAGCUGCUUCAGAACACAGAAAACAGAUUGAUGAUUUAAAGAAAUUUAAGAAUGACUUUAGGUUACAGCCAAGUUCCACCCCAGAGACUGUGGAUCAACUGCUAAACAAAAAUCGAGAUGGUGAAAAAUCCAGAGAUGUGAUUAAAGAAAAAACAGAAUCAAACUCUAAAGAAUCUGUCAUUGAAACCAGCAGUAAUGCGAACUCUAACAGUGGCAGUAGCAAAUCGAAUAGUCCCAGUAUUUCUCCAUCAACUAGUAGUAGCUCUGAGCAGAAGCGAGGGCCAGAGGUAACCUCUCAGGGUGUACAGACAUCUGGACCUGGAAGUAAACAAGAUAAAGAGGAUAAAGAAGAGAAGAAAGAUACCUCUGAGCAAGUUAGGAAAUCAACACUUAAUCCCAAUGCAAAGGAGUUCAACCCUCGAUCUUUUGCUCAACCCAAGCCUUCUACUACACCAACCUCACCUCGUCCACAAGCUCAGCCUAGCCCUUCUAUGGUGGGUCAUCAACAGCCAACUCCUGUGUAUACUCAGCCUGUUUGUUUUGCACCAAAUAUGAUGUACCCGGUCCCAGUGAGCCCAGGCGUGCAGCCUUUGUAUCCUAUUCCCAUGACUCCCAUGCCAGUGAACCAAGCCAAGACCUAUAGAGCAGGUAAAGUACCAAAUAUGCCACAACAACGCCAAGACCAGCAUCAUCAGAGCACCAUGAUGCAUCCUGCCUCAGCCGCAGGCCCCCCUAUUGUAGCUACACCACCAGCCUAUUCAACACAAUAUGUUACCUAUAGUCCUCAACAGUUCCCUAAUCAGCCUCUUGUGCAACAUGUGCCACAUUAUCAGUCUCAGCAUCCUCAUGUUUAUAGCCCUGUAAUACAGGGUAACACUAGAAUGAUGGCACCACCAACACAUGCACAGCCUGGUUUAGUAUCUUCUUCAGCAACACAGUAUGGUGCGCAUGAGCAGACGCAUGCUAUGUAUGCAUGUCCCAAAAUACCAUACAGCAAGGAGACAGGUCCUUCUUUCUACUUUGCCAUUUCUACUGGUUCACUUGCUCAGCAAUAUGCCCACCCGAAUGCUACCCUGCAUCCACACCCUCCUCAUCCGCAGCCUUCUGCUACGCCAACAGGACAGCAGCAAAGUCAACAUGCUGGAAGCCACCCUGCUCCCAGUCCAGUGCAGCAUCACCAGCACCAGGCUGCUCAGGCACUCCACCUGGCAAACCCACAGCAGCAGUCAGCAAUGUACCAUGCUGGUCUUGCUCCAACCCCCCCUUCCAUGACACCAGGCUCCAAUACGCAGUCUCCACAAAAUAGUUUUCCAACAGCACAACAAACAGUCUUCACUAUUCAUCCUUCCCAUGUUCAGCCUGCAUAUACCAAUCCGCCACACAUGGCCCAUGUACCCCAGGCUCAUGUACAGUCAGGAAUGGUUCCUUCUCACCCAACUGCCCAUGCUCCAAUGAUGCUAAUGACGACACAGCCACCUGGUGGUCCCCAAGCCGCCAUCGCUCAAAGUGCACUACAGCCCAUUCCAGUCUCGACAACAACACAUUUCCCCUAUAUGACGCACCCUUCAGUACAAGCCCACCACCAACAGCAGUUGUAAGGCUGAUCUGGAGUAACAAAGGCUGGACACCUUUUGUAGGCCAAAUACCUUCCUUCCACUGCUUCUGCCAACUGGAAGCACAGAAAACUAGAAUUUCAUUUAUUUUGUUUAAAAAAAAAAAAAAAAUUGAUUUCUUGUAACAUCCAAUAGGAAUGCUAACAGUUCAUCUUGCAGUGGGAGAGAUUCGGACUGAGUAGAGGCAUGUGGGAACUUGUGGGUUAUUCCAUAAUUCCAUACACUGUAUCAGAGUCCUGCAGGUGCCCAAACUCUGCUUGCUGAAAACUGGAAGUUAUUUAUUUUUUAAUGACCCUUCAAAGUUAUGAACUCAUCAGCUAGCAAAAGAAGUAACACAAGUGAUUCUUGCUGCUAUUAUCACUAAAAAUCAAGACUCUGAGAUCCCUUUUACGUCUAAUAAACUUGAAACAGGUUCAGUAAAAAAAAAUUCUAAUCGUCAAACUGAUGGAUUAUUAUUUAUAAAUCACGUUUGAUGAAAUGAUCACUAUUGCAAGACAGUGAUGUAACUUUUAAGUUAAGAAAACUUUUACUUUGUAGAUAAUAUAAAAUAAAAACUUUAAAAAAAAAUUAAAAAAUAAAAAAAGUUUUAAAAACUGA